CAACAACAUAUCGACUACGUCAUGUGAUCCGUUACACAGCCAAGGAGGUCCAGUCACGCGAGCUAGGGCUAAGAAGAUGCAUGAAGCUUUAAGUGGCCUUAUUGAGCAUAUCUGGGUUGAAAACAACAUACAACAAGCAAAUCGAAGCUUGGAUGAUUAUCAAGGCAUGGUAAACAUCAUUCAGGUUCAAGAGAAGCUUAGUUGAGGUCAUUUGCAUGGAAUUACACAGUUUGCGUCAAAAUCGCACAAUUCUGCUGCAACUUGUAGCAAACUGAUAUUUCGUGUUAUUUUAGGUUAUUUUAGUGAUUGUCACGUUUUUUGUAUUAUUUUUGGGCUGAACAUUUGCUUAUUUGAAGCUCAAUUCGUGGUUAUUAGGUUUAGGCCUUAGGGUGUUAAUUUCCUAUUCUGAUUAGGAUUUGUUUUCUCUAUUUAAAGGGUUUGUAACCCUAAUGGGGGAGAUUAUUGAAUCUGAGUUUUUGAGAGACUUUUCUCUUUGGUUCGUUUCAGAACUUUACAGAACUUAUCAAGAUUAUUUUUGUGGCGUUUUAACUUGACUUAUCAUUCUUGUUCUUAAUCGUUCAAGGGUGUGGCGUCAACCAACUUUAUACCUCUGGUUCUUGUUGCGUCAUAGACAACGGGUCAAGGUUUUUACCUUUGGUUCUUGUUGCGACAUAAACAACGGGUCAAGGUCCUAUCAUAAACCUGAUUUAGCUUUCCUGGAGUUUACAAAUCCCUUGUCGUGCUGUGGGUCUCAUUGUUCUCUUUGGGGUUCUCAUCAUCUUGCUUAACCUCUACAAAACUAAAAGACACCCAUUUGG